AUGUUACAGCUUCUUGGAACCAACGGUCGAGCACCGAGUCUCUCGAUCGCGUUGCUCACCCUUGCAAUUGGACUUUUCUUGGCCUACUGCCUCGGCUGGUGCUUCUACCAACUCUUCCUCAACCCGCUGCGAAGGUUCCCGGGCCCGAAGCUAUGGUCCGUAUCGAACAUACCCUACGUUCGCAUGUACCUCGCCGGCAAUGGCCACCGCCGAAUGCUGGAGCUCCAUGAGAAAUACGGUCCGAUCGUGAGAAUCGGGCCCGAUUUCUUGUCGAUCAACCACCCGGACGGCAUGCGCGAGGUCCGCGGUCACCGUAAGACCCCCGCCGGCGAAAACCCGAGGGAUCCCGUCGAAGGCCGCUUCAACUACGACAACAUCAUCGGCUCCGAUCGCUUCAACCACCAGCGCAUGCGCCGGUCGCUGGCGCACGCCUUCUCGGCGCAGUCCAUGCUGGAGCAGCAGCCCAUCAUCAUGCAGUACGUGAAUACGCUCAUCGACAAGUUGCACGAGGAGGCGCGGGAUGGAACGCGGCCGUUGAAUAUCACGAAGUGGUUGAACUUUGCUACUUUUGAUGUGAUCGGCGACUUGUCGUUCGGCGAACCUUUUGGGUGCCUCGAGAGCAAGACGUAUCAUCCGUGGAUUGAGACUAUUUUUCACAGCUUCAAGAACCAGGCGUACAUGACCAACAUCCGCCGGCUCAGCUGGCUGGAGCCCUUGUUGAUGUUGGCGAUACCGCGGGAUCUGGUCGUUAAAUUUGCCAAGCACAGGGCUUUUACUCACGAGAAGGUGAAGAAGAGACUCGCGCUCGGGGAGAAGCGCCCUGACUUCAUGGAGGCCAUGGUCAGCAGAUCGGAAUCGGCCGGAGGCGCCAUGACCUUUGAUGAGCUCGCGUCCAACGCCUCAGUACUCAUUAUCGGCGGCUCCGAGACCACAGCUACUUUGCUGUCCGCGGCGACGUUCUUUCUGGCAACCCAUCCCGAAACUCUUGAGAAGCUCAAAGACGAGCUUCGCUCCACCUUUACAUCGGAGGGCCAGAUUGACAUGAUCAGCGUCCAAGACUUGACGUACAUGCAGGCCGUAUUGAGAGAAAGCAUGCGCCUGUAUCCCCCGGUUCCCAGUGCCAGUCCCCGGACGAUCGCCGAGGGGGGAGAUACCAUUCUGGGAGAAUAUCUUCCCGAGGGAACGACCGUUGACGUGUGGCAAUGGGCUAUAUAUCAUAACCCUAAGCACUUUUCACGCGCUGAAGACUUCAUCCCUGAGCGAUGGCUGGGCGAUGACCGCUUCGUCGACGACGCCAGAACGUCACUCCAGCCCUUCUCUACUGGACCUCGUGAUUGCAUUGGGAAGAAUCUUGCGUACGCCGAAAUGCGCCUGAUUCUAGCCAGACUGAUCUGGAACUUUGAUAUUCGCCUAUCCGAUGAUUCGCGAAAGUGGUGCGACGACAGCCAGGUCUUCGUUUUAUGGCAGAAGCCCGACUUGAACGUGUACCUUGUGCCUAGGAAGCUUUCGGGAUGA